AUGGGGAGGCUGAAGCCCGGGGAGGGCGGCAGUGGCAGGCGGAGGCGGAAGUGGCGGGACGUUGUCCCAGAACGGCUGCGGACCCGAGGAGGCCGCGGCCUCGCGGGUGAGCGCCCCUUUGCCUGUGACUGGCAAGGCUGUGACAAGAAGUUCGCACGCUCCGAUGAGCUGGCCCGCCACCACCGGACACACACAGGGGAGAAGCGCUUCCCCUGCCCACUCUGCUCCAAGCGCUUCACCCGCAGUGACCACCUGACCAAGCAUGCACGCCGCCACCCUGGCUUCCGCCCGGAACUGCUCCGGCGCCCGGGCACCCGCAGUACCUCUCCCAGCGACUCCCUGCCCUGCAGCCUGGCUGGCAGCCCCUUGCCCAGCCCAGCACCCAGCCCAGCCCCUGCUGGCCUGUAGGGCCCAUCCAGCCUACCCGGAUCUCGCCCCGUCCAGAGCACCAGCAACAUGCCUGUUGUCCAGGCACCCUUCCAGCGUUCCCCCUGAGGGCCCUAAGAUGCCUCUAAUCCCCUCAAGAAAGCAAGGAGGGGGCCUGAGACUGGACUGGGGUCAGCUGGACCUUUUGGAGAUGCCCCCCUAACCCUCCAUGGGUAGCUGGGGCCCAUGUCUGUAAAUAGCCAUGACCUAUAACUCUUCCCAUUUGCUAAAUUGGGACCCCAGGUGGGUGGCCGGCAGGUGCUCCCCUUUCCCCUUAGCCACUUCCCUGCUUUCUGGGAUAUGUGGGGGGGGGCAGGAAAGGCACCCCCUGUCCAGUGCUUGGAAUCAGCCCCAGGCCCCUCUCUCUAGAUUGGGAAGAAGUGAGCAAAGAGCCAUAGAGGAACCAGGGGUGACUGAGGGCUCACAUGUCCCCAUCCACCUGCCUGGGGCCCCUCACCCCAUGGAAAGCCAUUGGAGAUGUUCAGGGAAAUGGGGUGCGGCCUGGCCGUCCCCUACUCGGGUAUUCGAUCUCAGGUGUUCACAGGUUCUGCCCCACUGCCCACUGGAGGCAGAGGGGCAGGGGGAGGGGGAGGGUAUCCAUAGAGUCUGGGUUUUGCUUCUGAGAUGAGGGAGGGUGGGAGAGGAACAGGGUUCUUCCAAAGAGUGUUUGCCUCACUUUGGUGAUGGUGGUGGGGGGUGGAUAUGAGGAUGGAGUGAAUGCCGGCUUAUUUAUUUUCUUGUCUCUGCUGGCUGGGGCCCUGUCCUGCCCCCCUGGGUGGGUGUGUGAAUGUGAGUGAGAAGCUGGUGCCACAGCUACUCCCUGCUCCCUACUUUGGCCUUCUGCAGCAUCAAGUGACAAUCAUUCCCUCCCCUUAGGGACCAGACAGCCACUGGGCUAAAUGCACCCCUCCCCACCCUGUAGGUGGAGGUGGGAGCCCUGGCUCCAUCCUGCCCCUUGCUGCAUGUUCCUCUGGGCUGCCAGGCCUGGACCAGUGAUUGAGUUACCACCCACUAGGACAGGAGGCAGGAGGACUGGCCUGGAACCCCCUGGGAAUAGCUCGUUGUGUUUUUUUGGACCGGGUAGAAUAUUUUUUCAGGCACCAAUCCCUUUCUUGAUCUGGGCCACUGUGGGUGGUCCAUCAUCCUCAGGGGAUGAGAGUGUGAGGGGAGGGUCCUCAUGAUCUGAACUUAGGGUGGAAAGGCAUGGAUACCAUGUCCUCUGGUAGAGUCGGAUUUCAUUUAGGACCAAGGGACUGGGAACCCAGCCUCCUUGCCCUGGAGUGGGAAGGGACCCAGGAUCCCUGCCUCCAGACCCUAAAAGGGCCUGUUGUGUGCCCCCCUUCCCCCAUUGGCUGCAGGAGGUUUGUGGCAUCUGUAUUUGUUCCAGAGUCUGCCUUGUGUCCUGAUUGGGGGCUGAGGGAGUGGGUGGAUGCACUGUUGUGGACCUGGACCCUCAGUUUGGCAGGAUCCAGAGAUGGGUGCCUGGGGUCCUUUUGCAGCUGGGCUGGGGAGGGUCUGUCUUCAGGUUUGCCUACGGGCAGAUCCUAAAGUUGGUCCAUCUGCCCGCAAUCCUUACUCUCCCAGAGGUGAAAUGCCUUUGUCCAUGAGGGCAGGGCGGUAUAUGCCCCAUUCACCUUUGUUCUGUGUGGAUGUCCCUAGUUGUCCCAGGCCUGACAGGUGCCUGUCCACAGAUGGACUUCAGGUCCCAGGGCCCAGGAAGCUGAGAACGCUAAUGUCUGGCCCCUCUCCAAGGGCCUGGAGAGACCUAUGCCAUCCUCCCUCAUGGGGCCAGUGGUAGCUGUGGCCUUUUGGGGGGGGGGGGAGGUAGCAUCCCUAGGGACUUGUGCUUUCUGGGGUGGCACCCCUCUUCCCUGCCCUGCCUGACCAUAUCCUUGUAUUUAAUUAAAUAAGCCCUUUUUUAAACCCAA